CUACCCACUCUAUCUUCUCAUUAGUUAUUAGUGGCCACUCAUUCAUUGUGCUCCUUCACCGCCAAGAGGCCAAGAGAGAGGGCGGAAUCUACUCAAAUGACGAAUAAAGCAACGACGAUGACCAGGACUUUCUCCAUUGUGGCAGCGACCAGGAUGGCUAAAGGUGCAGCGUCAAUGACUAAUUCCUCUAGUGUCGUUGACCGAGUCCUGGAAGAUAGAGAUGACAAAGGUGCAACGACAGUUAGGUUCUCUUGAAUCCAUUUUUCUAUCUUGUGAUGGUUCCAAGUCUACGAUUUUCUCACUAUUUAAGAUUUGUUUUGAUUUCAAUUUUUGUCUAUGUAUAUUUUCAGGUACUCCAUGUUCUUUAACAUACUCCAUAACUUCUAUUUUCUCCAAUUUUUUUUUUAUUUUUGUAUGUUAGUUCGUGGUUUUUUUGUUUUUCAGAUCUUGAAAAGUUAUGGGAAGAACCUUUUAAGCUCGUGUUCAUAUCGAAAUGUUGCAAUUCUACUGAGUUGCUUCCCAAAUUUUUUAGGAAAAAUUCAAAUCAUUACUCCCAAAAUUGCAUAGUUUUACAUAAAUACUCUGAGAUUUAAUAAAUGACACACAUGCUCCCAGAAUUUUCGUAUGUUUACAUCAAUACUCCAACAUUAAAAUAUGUUUGCAUCGGUGCCCCAACAUUUGGAGCAUAGAUAUAAACAUUAAUGAAUUCUUAGAGCAGCGAUGUAAACAUAUGAAAAUUUUGGGAGUAUUGACGUCAUUAAUUAAAUUUCGGAGUAUUUAUAUAAAAUUGUGUAAUUGUGGGAGUUAUGGUGUGAAUUUUUCCAAUUUUUUAUUUUGUAUUGAUUCCAAUCCAGAUGUAUGAAGUGUAUGAUGAAAUUUCAAGUCUUGGAUGUUGCACUUCUACUGUCAAUGUUGAUGUAAUUUGGUGUUUGGAUAUAAUUUAGGGUGAUUUAAUUUAAUGAGUUCUAUCUUUUUUUUUCUAACCAAACGCACCCUAAAUCGGAUCGAAUUACACGAAUUCAUCGUCGUCCUCAAUCUCAAACUGUCAGUGCAUUCGGAAUCGGGAGGAGUUCUCAAGAUGUUGAGGCUGAAGAGACUAACCUCAGCUUCUGUAUUUCUCAGUUCAAGAAGCUCGUUAGCACGCCAAGACAAUCUGUUGCGCCCCCUCAUCUCUCAACACAACCCGUAUCAAUGGUCUUCCCUUCGCUUCAUUGACAUUUACCAGCUUGGUAACAAGGCUGCGAUUGAGAAAGAACGCGCGAGGCUUUCAGAUGAACUGAGCAGGGGAUAUUUUGCUGACAUGUCUGAAAUGAAGGAACAUGGUGGUAAGAUUGCAAUGGCCAAUAAGAUCAUAAUACCUGCAAUAGCAGCUGUAAAAUUUCCUCCAUUAGAGGUGAAUUACUCUAACUGCUCCAUUCUCAAGCUGCCUAUUACUUGCUAUGGGAAAGAUAGUGCCGAUGCAAAUGUGCCGAGGGCAUCAUUGUUAUGUCUUUCUUUUCGUGCAAGCUCUGAGCCAAUGAUUCAUUCUUGGAGUGUGCCAUUUGUUGAUGCAUUCAGAGAUUCAAAUAAGGUCCACUUGUAUGAGAUAUCCUUUGUAGAUUCAUGGCUUUUAUCACGCAAUCCAAUGAAAAAGCUGCUUCUUCGUGUGAUGAAGAAACCUAAACCUGAUCUUCGGAAGGAUGAUGUAUUGCAAAGACAGAUUGUAUACUCAUUUGGUGACCAUUAUGAGUUCAGAAAAGAACUUAAAAUACUGAACCUCUUGACAGGGUACAUAUAUUUAGUGGACAAAUAUGGUAGAAUACGAUGGCAGGGUUUUGGUUCAGCAACACCAGAAGAGACGGCAUCACUCUUGUCAUGUACCUCAUUGCUAUUGCAAGAGGAAUGAAUGAAUGAAUGAAUGGAUGAUGGCCAAGACACUGUUUCCCUAUCCAUUCCUUUUUUUUUAGGCUUCAUCAUGCUAUAAUGACAGGCUUGACAAUAUGGAAAGGAAGUUAGCAAGUUUCUUGGAAACUGAUCUCUAGUCUUUGGAUGUUUGUCAAGGAUUCCUUAAAAUUUGCUGGCAUAGAUGUUGUGUAAUAAUGAAAUUAUUAUUGCCUU